AUGUCAGUGACUGUUCAUGAGAAUCGAAAAUCCCGCACCAGCACCUCCUCCAUGAACAUCCUACUGUUUCACAAGCCUUCACAUCCCGACUGCGUCCUGACCCACCUGAACACCAUGAGGAAGCAGCACAUGUUCACUGACGUCACCCUGUGGGCCGGGGAUCGCUCCUUCCCGUGCCACCGGGCGGUUCUGGCAGCUUGCAGCCGGUAUUUUGAGGCCAUGUUCAGCGGAGGGCUGAGAGAAAGCCUGGACACCGACGUCAACUUCAGGGACAGCGUGCAUCCUGAGGUCUUGGAGCUCUUGCUGGACUUCGCCUAUUCCUCCCGGGUCAUCAUAAAUGAGGAGAACGCCGAGUCGCUGUUGGAAGCCGGCGACAUGCUGCAGUUUCACGACAUCCGGGACGCGGCGGCCGAGUUUUUAGAGAAGAACCUCCAUUCCUCCAACUGCCUGGGCAUGAUGCUGCUGUCGGACGCUCACCAGUGUAAGAAGCUGUACGAGCUGUCCUGGAGGAUGUGCCUCUUGCACUACGAAACGGUUCGAGAGUCUGAGGAUUUCUACAGUCUGUCUAAAGAUAAACUGCUGGAGCUGAUUCUGAGUGACGAGCUGGAGAUCGAAGACGAGCAGAUCGUGUUUAACUCGGUGAUGCGCUGGGUCCGGUACGACCUGGAGGACCGGCGGCUCCACCUGCCGGAGCUGCUGAGGGGCAUCAGGCUGGCUCUGCUGCCCUCCGAGUGCCUGCUGGAGGCCGUGGCCUGCGAGGAGCUGGUGAUGUCUGACCAGAUGAGCAGGUCGAUCGUCGAAGAGGCUCUGCAGUGUAAGAAGAAGAUCCUGCAGAACGACGGCGUGGUCACCAGCCCCUGUGCUCGGCCCCGCAAAGCCGGACACACCCUGCUCAUCCUGGGAGGACAGACCUUCAUGUGUGACAAGAUCUACCAGGUGGACCACAAUGCCAAAGAGAUCAUCCCUAAGACUGACCUGCCCAGCCCCCGCAAGGAGUUCAGCGCCUGCGCCAUCGGCUGCAAGGUCUACGUGACGGGAGGGCGAGGCUCGGAGAACGGAGUGUCCAAAGACGUGUGGAUCUACGACACCGUGCACGAGGAGUGGUCUAAAGGAGCGCCCAUGCUGAUCGCCAGAUUCGGCCACGGCUCGGCCGAGCUGGAGAACAGUCUGUACGUGGUGGGAGGACACACGGCCAUCGCUGGAGUCUUCCCUGCGUCUCCGUCAGUGUCGCUAAAGCAGGUGGAGCGCUACGACCCCGUCAGCAACAAGUGGACCAUGAUGGCUCCCCUGAGGGACGGGGUGAGCAACGCCGCCGUGGUCAGCGCCAAGCUGAAGCUCUUCGUGUUCGGAGGGACGACCAUCCACCGAGACAAGGCCUCCAAGGUCCAGUGCUACGACCCCGUGGGGAACCGCUGGAACAUCGCCGCCGAGUGUCCCCAGCCGUGGCGCUACACGGCGGCCGCCGUCCUCGGGAGCCAGAUCUUCAUCAUGGGCGGAGACACGGAGUUCACCGCCGCCUCGGCGUACCGCUUCGACUGCGAGACCACCCAGUGGACCCGCGUGGGCGACAUGACGUCCAAGCGCAUGAGCUGCCACGCCGUGGCCUCGGGCAACAAGCUGUACGUGGUGGGCGGCUACUUCGGCACGCAGCGCUGCAAGACGCUGGACUGCUACGACCCCACGUCGGACAGCUGGAACUCCAUCACCACCGUGCCGUACUCGCUCAUCCCCACCGCCUUCGUCAGCACCUGGAAGCACCUGCCCGCCUGACCGGAGCGACGGUGAGGAAGAACGCCGCCGCCCGGCGCCGCGGAGACUAAACCAUUCCAGUGUAACCUCCAGUAUUUCCAUAGGAAACGACUGUAUUGACUCAGACUUACCAGCACAUCCCGGCGCCCGGCGGAGGAGCCGGGCUCCGCUCAUGCUUUCACAGCGGGGGGGCGUCCACUCCUUCCAGUUCAGGGGCCGCAGGCAGCCGCUCACAACCACUACAUCACCUUAAAUAACUCUACUUUCUCACCUUGUUUCAGGGCAAGGAAGGUGUACAUCCUGAAAAUGCUCACAGUCGAUGCACUUUUUUACUGAACCGAAAGAGAAAAUAUCAUGUUCUAAAGCACAAACCGAUUCUCUCCACAUUUACUGUGUUAAUUGCAUAAAAUAAGAUAAUUUAAAAAGCACUUUUUUUAAAAACAGUUUACAGUGUUAGCAGGAAGAGGAUCUGGUACGAAAACGGAUAAAGUUGCUUCAUAGAUGACAUGCAGUGAAAUAAAUGUACAUAAAAUAGUUCAAACACACAAAAACAAAGACGGUGGCACAUCUUGAUGAGCUUUAUGAAAUAAAAACACGAGCAAUAAUUUAUCUAGUUUAAACAUGAGUUAUUGAAUAAACUUUUUACAGAGUUUUUUUCUCUUAACGUGAGUCUUGAAUAGGAAAGUCUACAUUCUGAACCGACUUGAGGAAAUUCCUUUUUCCACACUGACCCAUCCUGUUUCUAGGAUGUGCAGCAGGGGUCAAGGGGCACGUGACCCCUGGAAUAACAAACUAAAGGAAGCUGUGAUCUUAAACCUGGUUUUUAGCAGUAUUCCCUGUGUGGAAUCGCUUCUUUUAAAUGUUCUGCCUUCAUCACAGUGUGACUUCUGUGGACAGUAUUGAUCCUGGAGCGGAAAAUGUUAAAUGCACAAAAAAUGAGAUGUACGUAUUUCCAGGGUAAAGUUUAAUUUGUACUUCAGCAUACUUCACUGCAGGCUGGUUUUCCAUGAAGUGAAUCACGAAUAGACUCAUGAUGUGAGGAUUAGAACCGAGUUCCAGGCUGCUGUGAUCGUGUUGAAGAUAAUAACAGAAGCAAUAUCUACUGGACUUAUGCAAGGACGUUUCAUAAAUAUCACUCAGAUCUUCUCGGGCUCUGAUUUAAAUCAUUUAUGCUUCUUUUUUAAUGAUUGAUCAAAUAAAAAUUUCAAUUUCAGCCUUAAUUUUUACAGAAAAUUUAAUUGUAGUUUAUUCUUUUCAAUAAAGGUUCUUUUUCUUUUCCUGCUUCCUUCAGAGGUUUUAUUCGGAGCAGUGGACCCCGGCUGUGAGCUCCGUCAUGCAGCUGUGAAACAUCUGGAAGCCUCAGCGCUGUAGCUUCAGCACGAGAGCCAGACUGAGGGUGGAGUGGAGAACAGGCUGAAAUCUGCAGACAGAUUUCACUCCUUCCUCCUGAUUCGACCAUGAAGAAAAGCACAAAGCUUCAUCAGUAGCAUUUUAGAAAAGAAAGCUUCAGUUUGAUUUAGUGGCUGAAUGAGAGAACAGUUGAUCAUGUCGCCCUGAACUGAAAGGAGUGAGACACGCCUGCCUUAAACACUCGCUGAGCUUCACCUUGUUGCCCUGGUGCGUUCACGUGCGUGUUCACCUGCACGACUCGUGUGUGGAACAUGCAAACAGCCUGGAAUCAGACCGGAGAGAUGAAACUGGGGCCCUGUUCAUGUUUUCAGAAAGGAGAACGCAGCAGUGAGGAGUUCUCACGUGAAACGCCGUCGUCUGAACGGGCCUUAAAGAGAAGCAGGAGUUUGACCUUUGAUGGUGAAAUAGUCUUGGAGUAUUGAUCCUUUAACAUGAGACUAAAUCCAGACCGGCAGAGAGUUUACACUUAGUGUUUCCUGUAGCAUGUUAUUGUGUUUUAGCAAUAUGCUGCUCCUGCAGCGAUGAGAGGAGCUCCGCACCGGCCGCAGAUUCUCCACCAUCUAUGCAUUUUUUAUACGGGCUGCUGCAGCGAGCGUCCAGGCCGGUGUCCUCUCGUCCCUCGGCGUUCUCUCCCUGCAUGUCCCGUCCCGUCUGGAACGCCGCAGCUGGACCCACCGGCCGGGUUUCUGAUGAUCCGAAGGAAGUGACGGAGAACGGAGAGUUGUGUACAUUUCUACUGGUGACAAUA